UCAUUCUAUAUCCUUUUUUCAAUGCUGAUUAAUUGAAACUUCUCUUUUUCUCUCUCUCUCCCUCCCUCCCUCUCACCAUCCCUACAGUCACGCCCACACUCGCAUAUUUCCACCGUAACUCAAGCCAACCUUCACUAUUAGUCCAGUCAACUGUUAUCUUGAAGCUAAGCCCCUGUCUCCGAGGCUCCGUUACUUUAAUACUAGUAGUUGCAGCAUUCCGCCCAUAUUUUCUUACUCUUCCCUCCUCUCCAACCGCCAGCGAAGCAUUCGAUGUUAUUACUUCUUCGCUGUUGCCGUGUUCACUGAUUUUCAUUUCCCAUUCAAGUAGCAUGGCAUUACCAGUUUGUGAGAAACAACAGCUGUCUCCUUACGACACGAUAUAUAUCUAAAGAAAAGGAAAUUACUAAUAUUUUGCUCGAGCACCUGCCUGAGCUGUCCCAACUUGGCCGAGCUAACUUCACAACUAAUAUACACCCAGUGACAUAAGUGUUGUCUCUGUCGACACAAAAACUACCCAACAGAAGUAUGGCAGCAAUUCACGAGGGACCCGAAUUUGGUAUUGGGGAUUUUGUUUUACUAUCCGACCUCACAUUGGAUAGCUUUAUGGACAAUUUAAAAACUAGGUUUCAGAAAAAUCGAGUUUAUACUUACAUUGGUGAAGUGGUUGUUUCAUUGAAUCCUUACAAAUCCAUGGACAUCUAUGGAGAAAACUAUAUAUCAGAGUACAAAGGCAGAGAGCUAUAUGAGCGUCCACCCCAUAUAUUUGCCCUUGCAGACAGUGCUUAUAAAACAAUGAAACGCACAAACAAAGAUACUUGCAUUGUGAUAUCAGGGGAAAGUGGAUCUGGGAAGACUGAAGCUUCAAAGAUUAUUAUGAGAUAUAUUGCAGCUGUAACAAAUAUUAGUGGGCAACAAGAAGUGGAACGGGUCAAAGACAUCUUAAUUAAAUCUAAUUGCAUUCUUGAAGCCUUUGGCAAUGCCAAAACAAAUCGUAAUGAUAAUUCUAGUCGGUUUGGAAAAUAUAUGGACAUAAAUUUUAACUUCAAAGGAGACCCUGUUGGAGGCCAUAUUCAAAACUACCUUUUGGAGAAGUCACGGGUGGUUUAUCAACAAGAAGGAGAAAGAAAUUUUCAUGCUUUUUAUCAGCUUUUGUUUGGUGCAUCUGAAAGUAAACUGAAAGAACUGGGUCUUGAGAGGAAUGCAGCUCACUACCAUUAUAUUAACCAAGGAGGAGAACAGAAAGUGAACUCAGUAAAUGAUCGCAAGGAUUACCGGACUGUCAUGGAAGCUAUGAAAGCUUUAUCUUUUAAUUUUAAACACGUGGAAACCAUUUGGAAGAUUGCUACUGCCAUUCUUCUUCUGGGAAACAUUGAUUUUGAAGUUAAUGAAGAAGUCCUUGGCAUAUCUUCUAAAUCCAACCUCUCUCUAAUUGCCUCUUUGUUGUCUAUUAAUGUUGAAGACUUAGAAACAACAUUGUGUUCACGUGUUGUGGCAGCCGGUGGUGAUGUUGUGCGAAAAGAAUUCACUAUAUCAGAUGCAUUUUAUACACGUGAUGCUCUAGCAAAGGCCACAUAUGACCGUAUGUUUACUUGGAUUGUUGACCGGAUCAAUGAAGCUAUUGAUGUGAAUGCUACAGGUUUUUCUUCCUCUGGAAAACAAACUGUCAUUGGAGUACUUGAUAUAUAUGGCUUUGAGAUUUUUGAAAAUAAUAGUUUUGAGCAAUUUUGCAUUAAUUAUUGUAAUGAGAAAUUGCAACAGUUGUUUAUUGAGUUGGUUUUGAAACAAGAACAGGAUGAAUACAACAGUGAAGGAAUUGAGUGGGUCCAUGUAGAAUAUUUCAACAACAAAAUAAUCUGUGAUUUGGUUGAACAAUCCCAUAAAGGAAUAUUGGCUUUAUUGGAUGAAGCUUGUCUUACCCCAGGGAAAAUGACUGAUGCGAAAUUCCUAGAAGAACUUUCCAAAACCCUUAAUAAACAUGAACAUUUUACUUGUCGUACUUUGUCACCAGCAGAUAAGAGCAUGGAACAUGGCCGAGAUUUUCGGAUAAAACAUUAUGCAGGAGAUGUAACAUACAAUGUCAAUGGAUUUUUGGAUAAAAAUAAAGACACUCUCUACCAAGAUAUUAAAAGAAUGCUCUUCAAUAGCAAAGACGAAUUACUAAAACUUAUGUGGCCAGAUGGCAGCCUUAAAAUAUCUGAGACCACAAAACGUCCCCCAACAGCUGGUACCAACUUCAAAAACUCAAUAAUUACUCUUGUAGCCAAUUUGGCAAGCAAAGAACCCCAUUAUGUGCGAUGUAUCAAACCAAAUGAUACCAAAUCUCCAGUACAUUUUGAUGAUGAAAGGAUCUGUCAUCAAGUGAUGUAUCUUGGAUUAAUGGAAAAUGUCAGAGUCCGCAGAGCUGGCUUUGCUUUUAGAACAACAUAUACCAGGUUUCUUACCAGAUAUAAAUGUAUUUGCUCAGCAACCUGGCCCAACUAUAAUGGUGCACUGAAACAAGGGGUUAAGGAAAUUAUUACAGAACAUAAUAUCAGCUCAGAAGUGGAAUAUGGCAAAACAAAGAUUUUUAUACGUUCACCCAAAAUACUUUUCUAUUUAGAGGCAUCAAGAGAGAAAGUUAUACCGUCUCUGGUUCUCAUUCUUCAGAAGAUGUGGCGUGGUACUUUGGCCCGUAGAUAUGUUAAUAGGCUACGAGCAGUGUAUGCAAUAAGAAAUGCUUAUAGGAAAUACCGAAUUCACCGUUUCUUCAAUGAAAUGCAGCAUUUGUUCAGGAAUGUAAAAAAGAGAAAGAAUUAUGGAAAGAAUCUAACCUGGCCUAACUAUCCUGUUGUUAUAAAAGACUUUAUGCCUAUUUUAACAUUGGCUUAUCAUCGAUGGUGGGCAUGGAUGAAGAUAGAAACCAUACCCAAGGAUGAACGGACAAUGUUUCACAUGAAAAUACUGACAGCAGAAAUGUUGAAAGGGCAGCGGCCAGAAUGGGGUUUAAAACGAAAAUGGGAAGGCAACUAUCUCCUUCAGUGUAAGGAAAACUCAAAUACUGCUGAUUAUGUUUCUCGAAUGAACAGUUUAAAAAAGAAAGAUGGUUAUUCAGCUGUACUAUUUGCUUCUUUUGUUAGAAAGAUAAAUAAGAACAACAAAUCAUCUGAAAGAGCUGUGGCCAUCACUGACAGACAUUUUUACAAGUUUGACCACAAAAAGAAAUUUAAAUUAAUGAAAUCUGGAAUUCCAUUUGUUAAUCUAACUGGUCUGAGCGUGUCACCAGAUACAGACCAACUUAUUAUAUUUCACAUGAAUGAUGGCAAUGAUCUUGUUGUAAGCCUUCAACAUCCAGGCCAAGAAGACAGAGUUGGAGAAGUGAUCGGUGCUAUUUGUAAGAACUGGCAUCACUUAACCAAACAAGAUUUAAAAGUCUUUGUUGGGAAGAAUUUGAAAUGUAUGCUGGGAGAUAAACAGCGCAAUAUCCGUGUGCAUUUCUCUGCUGAUUAUAUCAACCGUGAACCAGAAUUUCGUAAAGAAAAUGGAAAUAUGACACUAAUGUGGCCUGCCAAUACGAAUAAGAUGCUGUUUAACAAUUCCUAACUAUUACUGACUUUUAUUGGAAUCUUGGAUUUGCUGCUGUUUGGCUGUCAAAUUGUUGCCAUGGUUACAUACAACGUAUAAAAAUUAAUCAUUCCACCCCAGCCACUACUUGGUUCUUCACACACUUUUUUCAUUUUUUGACAAUAGAAAAUAGUUUCUCAUAAAUCCAAAUGUUCUGAUGAGAAUUGCAAUUCUACUAAUUAAAGAGCAACGAAUUUUGUUUAAAAAACCAA